AUGGCAACAGGAAACAACGAUAUAGAUCGUAGUCUCGGAGUUCCCAUUACAAACGAGAAAGUAUGCAUUAUACGAUACACUGGUGAAAAAUAUAAUGCAACGGUGAUAGCUACAGGACGUUUAACAACUCUGGAAAAGCUGAGAGAAGACUUUCCAAAUGAAAAUAUUCAAGUCUGUCAAGAAAACAACAUUGAAUAUUACAAAACUAUUUCGCAAGAAGAUCCCCAGUUUUUCGUUUAUCAACAUGGUAAAUCAAAAGAAAAAGUUUAUUAUUGGAGAGAUGGACAUUGGCAUGGGUACAAAACCUUAGAGUCAGUGGAAUUUCCAACGGUACAAACCAUAACUGAUGAUGGUAAUAGACCAACGACUUCGCAACCACCAGCUGAUGAUAGACAACACUAG